UAUAGGCUCGAAGUUUCAAAUAACAACGUAUUUUGCGCUAAAUUUACAUAAUUAUACGAGCCCAUCAAAAACACAAAAUAUAAAAAUGAAACACUUAUUUAUCGUUCAAAAAUCUUGAUUAAUUUUAGCUCGCGAUAUAUUUAUCGAGUCUCCUCGAAGAUCAUUAUUAUCUCAAUAGUAUCUAUUGAAAUAAUCUUCUUUAUUUGCUGCUAUUAUAUUUUUCCAUAAAUAAAGUUUCGGUGUUACGUUCAAGCGUGUUUAUUUGAAUUUGAAAUAUUCUAUAGAAAUAAAUAUAAUAAUUCAUUAUUUACUUUUAAAGAAAAACGAAAAACAUUCUUUUUAGAUGUCGAAUUGGUCAAAUCGACGUCCAUUCGACCGAUCGUCUCUCGCUCGACAGGUUAGGAUUGUGUUUGAUCCAAAAAUGGUGAAAUGUGUAUAUUUUAAAUCGCGUCAUGAGGAAAGCGUGGGUGAUUCAAGAGUUGUUACGACACGUAGAAUUAUAUGUUAGGAAUUAUGUUAUGAUCUAUAAUUAUAUAUAAUUGUUUCGACUUGAUAGUGUUACAUUAUCAGAGCAAUAGUUUAAUUUUAAUCGUAAUAAAACUUUAUAGAAAUGUAUCAAAUUACUUUUAUUCUCUUUGUUAUUAUUCCUUUAAUACGGGGAAAAGAUUAUUAUGAAAUACUUGGCGUAGACAGAUCCGCUAGCAAGGAUGAAAUUCAAAGGGCUUUUAAGAAGUUGGCUAUUAUUUAUCAUCCUGAUAAAAAUAUUGAUGAUCCAAAUGCUCAUGGGAAGUUUGUUCGAUUAACAACAGCGUAUGAUGUGUUGAAGAAUAAUGAUUUAAAAAAAAGAUACGAUCUUUAUGGAGAAGAUGGCCUUAAAAAUUUUAAUGAAAAACAAACUUAUUCGUGGAAUCCACCCCAUCAAAACAUAUUUAUAUUUGAUUUAUAUAUUAUUAAGUUGAAAGAAAAUGAUUAUUAUGAAAAUGUUUUGAAUUCUGAUUCAAAUUGGUUUGUAAAUUUCUACUCUCCGUUAUGCCAUCAUUGUAUUUACUUAGCUCCAACUUGGACGAACAUUGCUAAGUUAUUUAAUGGCAUUAUGAAAAUUGCAGUAGUGGACUGUCAAUAUUAUAUGCAACUAUGCUAUAAAAAUGGAAUCAAUAUCUAUCCUACACUGAUGUAUUUUGAAAAGAAUUCACACCAUGGAAUACAUUAUACAGGAGAAAAAUCACAGGAAGCCAUUAUGCAAUUUGCAUUAGAUAAAUUAAAUAUUGACAUAUCUGAGAUAAGUGCAUCACAAUGGGAGUUGUUUUUACACAAUAAGAUUGUUACCCAAAGACCUACACUAAUUUUUAUAUGCAGUGAUCAGCAAAACUGUUUUACUUCUGAUGAAAGACUUAUAGUAGCAGCUAAAUUUGAUGAGAUAGUUGAUGUAAAAGUGUUUACAUGCAAGAAUAAGUAUCCUGAAGAGAUACCUUUCAAUACACACGCGAUCUAUCUACCAACAUAUGAUGUAUCUUCUUGGGAACCUGUACUUUUUAAUAUGUCUGAUAUAGAUACAUUAAUAGAAAAAAUUUUGGAACAAUUGCCAGGUUUACAAGAACUGACUGAUAAUUAUUUUGAUAUUAUUGAGAAAACAGAGUUUAAUGCUGCUUGGCUAAUAUGUUUCUAUAUUAAUAAUACAGCAAAUCUUAAAUAUUUAAAUCUGCAAAUGAAAAAAUUGUCAAUCAGUGGUGUUAAUUUAGGUAAAAUAAAUUGUCUCAAAAAUGGACAGUUUUGUACUAAAUUAGGCAUCAAUCGUUAUCCAAUUUGGGGCAUAUUUAAGCCAGGUGGAGCAUUUGAAUUGAAUCACGAAAAAGUUAUUAACGCUAUUGAUCUUAUCAAAUUUAUACAGAUUAGUGUGAAAGCUACAAACGUUAGGGCGCUCUCUACAGAGGAAGUAUUAUUGAUAUUAGAAGGAGAUAAUAAAAAUGAAGUGUGGUUCUUAGAUUGGUACUCACCAUGGUGUACACCUUGUAUACAGUUCCUGUCCGAACUUCGCAAAGCAUCAUUAGAAUUUGAUGCAUCAAUAAUUCGUUUUGGUACCAUUGAUUGUAUUAUUCACACUACGCUGUGUCAUCGUUAUAAUAUAAAGUAUUAUUCUACUGCAAUACUUUUAAAUGGCAGCAGUAGAUAUCAAUUUACAUUACCAAAAACAGCUGCGCAUAUUAUCCAAUUCAUUAAUGAGAAGAGAAAUCCAUCAGUUAUAGAAUUAACAUCUGAAAACUUUUACCAUACACUGGCGAAAAAGACAAGUAAAAUUAUAUGGAUCGUUGAUUAUUUUGCACCAUGGUGUCCACCAUGUCAAAUAUUAGCAUCUGAAUGGAUAAUCGUUGCAAAAACACUGAACUGUUUGUCGUUUGUAAAUAUAGCCAGUGUAGACUGUGAGGCUGAAUCUUUCUUAUGUUCAUCUGAAAGAAUACGUUCUUAUCCUGAGAUUAGGAUGUAUCCAUUAGGAAACAAAGGUUUAAGUAAAAUUGGUUUUUACAAUGGAAAACGAGAUUCGUUAUCCAUAUUAACGUGGAUAAUAAAAUUCCUUCCAAAGAGAGUCUAUGACUUAACUCCCAAGGAUUAUCAAAUAGUGUUGGAUGGAAUGAAUAAUAAAUACAUAUGGAUCGUCGAUUUUUAUUUACCACAAUGUUGGGCUUGUCAAAAGAUGGAACCUGAAUUUGCAAUUGCUGCUCAGUUGUUAGAAAAAGUAAAAUUUGGAAAAAUUAAUUGCUACUUCUAUUUGGACAAAUGUGCACAUAUAAAUGAAUUUCCGACAUUAAUAUUAUAUAAACCGAAACAAAAGAAAAAGAAGGAAAUGAUAUAAAUAUCAAAAAAAUUACUGCAAGGACGGCCGAGGCAAUCAGAGAUGAAGUUUUAAGGCUUAUUAAUUUUCAUAAAAUA